UCUCGUCGGCCGACGGAUUUUAUCAAGUCGAAAAAAAGCUCAACUUUAAGAAUCAAGGUUAAACAAUAACCUAAGUUACUUUUAAGUAUUUAAGCUCGAUUGAACACGGGGUGAGUUCCGAGAGACCUACGGGCUAAUUCGGGGAAACCGGAGAUCUGACUCGCGUUAUCUAUCAGCGUCUUGAGUCUCUCAAACUGCGAUUGAUCUACGCAAUUCAUACAGAUAACGUCUUGCUUUUCAUAUCAAAAUCAAGAUAUUUCACAAUGCUAAAACGCAUGAAUUUACCCCGGAAAACCAGGAAAGCCACAAGUACUCCUACUCCUACUCCUGUACCUCUCAUCAUCACCAUCUCCCGCUGUCCGCCGCUACCCCUGGAAAUAUGGACCGAGGUCAUGCGUAUACUCGUCCACGGCGAGGACCUGCCAGAACUUUGGGCGGGCUUACGUCUACUCUCUCAUACGCUGAAGGCAGCGCUCGAGACUGCCUUCGUGGAUGAGCACCUGUUACGACUGCGCGGGUGGCUGUACGUGCGUAAUUCAGACCCCCUGGCUAUGCCGCGUCCGUGGGGCGGAAGCGGCAAUAAUCUAAAAUGCAUCGUAGCUUUGCCUCUGGUACUAUCACGGUUAUCACCUGACCGGCAGCGCGCGUACUUCGUAUCGCAGCUACACCAGGACAAUCCAACUUUGAAAGCGAGCUUGCUAUUCGUGGAAUGUGGAGAUGAAACGGUGGUAGCAGAAUGGCUGCGGUCGGCUCACGGGAUGCCGCCGCCAAGCAGCCGCGCCACCGAAGCACGACUGCGAUUGACGAUCGGCCGAGACUGCGAGUGGACGCAUUGGAAACACCACGUUAUUGGCAGCGAUAGAUUCGUAGUUGAAUCGCAGAAGAUCAUCCUGGAGGAUACUUACGAAGGUGAGAGUAAGGAUGGAGGUGAUGAGAACGAGAGAAGAGGGAGAGGGAAGCAGAAAGGAAAGGCGGCGCAUGCGAUUGGGCUCGAAGUUGAUCGUACUAAAUGCGAAAUCUCGUUUGAGUGGACUACCCUGAUUAGCUCCUUGUUCGCUAUGCCACGUAGAACGUUCGGUGAAGCGCUCCGGAGCUAACCAUCUCCUGAAAUCCAACUUUAACGCAUGGAGAUGGUCCACGGACUUGAAGGUUUAAAAGGUAACCAAUGGAACAAGGGCAAGGUAGAAGACUUACAGUUGAAAUGUAUAUCCGCAGUACUGCUGUUGUUGAUAAUGAUAUAAGCGUUGACCUUAAAGCACCUCAACAUCUAUCGAUAAACGAAUAUCGUGAAAAUACAAGUAAAUAAAACACGAAAUGGUAUGUAAGUUAAUCUCAUCCCAUCAGUUAAAUCCCAACAAGUCAACAUGACACGAUGUGUCUACAUAAAUCAUACGUUUUGUUACCAUGCAGGCUACUAACCCAUCCACCGCAUAUAGUUCGUAGAAACUGGGUAAAAUAUAUUCUUACUAAGUCAUAAGAUGUCAGCAGUUCUCUCAAAGGUCGAUAUAAUUAGCAAGAAUAUAUGGAUCAGUAAACUAGUAUUUAAAAAUACCAUACUAGAGAAUCUAGAAGAUCGGGGAUUCCGUCUAGUUCUCUCAUAAGUAGUACAACUUAACCACAAUUCCAGCCGUAGAUUUCGUCCCCGGUGUUGUAUACAUUAAUAAGGGGGUUAUAGGGAAAUAUACUCGCUGGUGGAUGCACCCCAAGCU